UGGCACAUGAGAAUAGAAUCCAUCUUAUCAUCAUCAACUUUCCCGAAUUCUUUCUUCAAUUUAACAAGCACCCGCAAAUUCUAUUCUUAUCAUCAAAGAAUACUCUUUCCUUCUGUCAAUUUGAGUUUUCUCCAUAAACAUUAUUUAUUUAAAAUAAAUUUAAAGAGACAGACUAUUAUAAAACAAAUUUUUGCUGAUAAAUAGAAAAUUUUAACAUAUACCCAACUCCACAGGAUAAUAAUCAUGGGAAACAAUUUAUCUGAAGAACAAAAUGAGUCUUCACAACAACAACAUCAAGCUUUACCCGUUCAUCAUGAGUAUUAUCCUGAAUCAGAUCAGGCCUUAAGCAGCCAAAGAUCUGAUGUGAAAACUCAUCAUCAUGAUCAUCAUGAUCCUUAUCAUCAUCAAGAUCAUUAUCAUCAUGUUAAUAAGCCUAAGGUAGAUAAAAGAUCAGUUAAAUCUAAGCUUCCACAUAAUUGUGAAGCCAUACUCAAAAACAACUCUGAUUUACCAAUUGACAACUCAUCAAUUCAUAAGCUCUAUGAACAAUUGCAUGUUGGAGUUUUUUUGAAUGGAAGAAAAAUGAAAUAUUGGGUUGAUAAGAAGGGGAACAACUGUUUUAUGGUGUUUGCCAAUGGUCUCAAGAUCACUUGGGGAGAGAACCCAACUUAUUGGUACUUGCAUACUGAACAAACAAGUGAUGAGGGACUUAUAACAGUAGCCCAACUAAGAAAUGUUGCAUGGUUAGAAGUGCAUGGAAGAUUUAACACAACAUACCUUACACCAGGAGUUACAUACCAAGUCACAUUUUUGAUUAUGCUAGAAUUUACAUCAUAUGGUUGGGAAGUUCCUAUCAAUUUCAGGCUUACUCUUCCUAAUGGAACCAAACAAGAGCACAAAGAACAUUUGCAGGAAAAACCUAAAGGUGAAUGGCUUCGGAUUCCGGUCGGCCAAUUUAGGGCAUCGCCGGAAAAUAUAGGAGAAAUGGAGUUUUCUUUGUACGAGUAUGAAGGAGGGAGCUGGAAAAAGGGUCUCAUCCUUAAAAGUGCCAUCAUUGAGCCAAGAGCUUAAUAAGCCUUAUAAUUCAGACUCCCUCCAAUUUAAUUUAGUUGUUCCUUUUAAUUUGGUCGCAAAUAUUAAGAAAAUAAAAGGACCACCUAAAAUAGUAGAACCAUGUACAAUAUUGAAUAUUUUUAAUAUUAUAAAACUGGGAGACUACCUAAAAUAAUAGACCCAUAUACAAUACUGUGUAGUUUUAAUAUUAAGAAAAUAAUUGGGACCACCUAAACAUGUAUCUCUUAAAAUGAAAACGGAACAAUAGAAGUGAAUUGCCCAAAUAAAUAUAAGGAAUAACUAAAAAGAAUUAGAGAGAGUAUCUUGUAAGGAAAACUAUUUUGUUGUAAAAAAAAAUACUCAAAUCUUUAUUGUAAAGAAAAAUACUCAAAUCCUCAAUAUAUUAUUGUAAUAAUCCGCAAACUAGUACAUGUUCUUAUCAAAUAAAAAAAAUAAGAUAAUAGUUUGAGUAGCUUUUUUAAACGAUUUUUAACUUUUUCAUUCAGUUUUUAUUAAUAGUACACAACAUAUAACAAAUAAUUUAACCAAAAAUCUUCAAAACAAUUAUAAUUUUUGAGAUUUUAUUUUUAUUUAAAAAAAUGAUGUUUCAAGAAUCGAAUCUUCUCUAAAAUAAGAGUAUCACUUCAUCAAAAAAAGAUUAUGAAAAACGCCAUCCCAAAAUCUCAACCAAUCUCUCUAUCCUGUGUUGACGAUAUUAUUAUCUUUGACUUUAGGCAUCUAGUGUUUUGUUAUGAUGUAAUCUUUGACUAUUUAUUUAUUCUUGUAGCCUCUCCUCCUCUCCCUGUUCUUGAAGAGAAUGAAACCUGUUGUUUCCUUUUAAUGUACAUUAUCUGUUUUUUCUGUUUUUUAUAAUAAUAUAUUGCAUUAUUUAAAAAAAGACUCAACCAGUUCAGAGAAAAAAAUGUAGAAAAAGUGGAAAAUUUGAAAU